CGAACUGCGGGUGAUCUGCUUCAGCUGGGUCGAGACCAAUCUCUGAUGCCCGUGAUGCCUGCUUACUGACAUGUGCAAUUUCACUCAGAAGCUUCUUGUUGUUUGCUGAAGGUCCAGACCAGUUCUCAUCCUUUGUCACCUCUCCGCAGUCCUUACUUGCGCACUUUAGCCCCCACGAAUAUCGGAGUGCCAGGAUUACCGUGACAAGGAAAAGUCAACCAUGGCAGUCAAGGUCAUAUUCCUCAUGGCGGAUGAUGGCCAUGACCCCACAGAAACUGCCAUUCCGUGGAAGGUCUUUAAGGAUGCGGGAUUUGAUGUCUAUUUCGCUACCGAGGAUGGCAAUACACCGAAAUGCGAUGAGAAAAUGCUCUCUGGCUGGACCGGAACCCUGCUCGGGGCAAACAAGGCCGCGAAAAGGGCGUAUGAAGAUUUGUCGAGCACGUGUGAAGCGUUCAAAAAGCCUCUGGCCUGGAAGGACCACGCGUUCACCUUGGAGGAUUACGAUCUUGUCUUCCUGCCUGGUGGCCAUGAGAAGAGCGUCCGGCAGAUCAUGGAUUCGGCACGUGUUCACGAGGUGCUCGCUAGUUAUUUUCCCAAGACGAGAAAGCCAUCUCCAAAGUCUCUGGCGGCCAUCUGUCACGGAGUCCAGGUAUUGGCCAUGUCUUCCACGAGUGAUGGCAAAAGCGUGAUGCAUGAUGCCGUCACCACCGCUUUGCCGGCCUACAUGGAAGAGAGCAUUUAUCACGUCACCAAGCUUUUCCUUGGCGACUACUACAAAACCUACGGAGCUGGCACUGACGCUGUGGAGGAAGUUGUGAAGAAGAGGCUGGGAGACAGGGCGCAAUUCAAGAACAGCAAGAGCCCUAGUCCCUUUGUUGUCGAGGACCCGAGUUAUAACUACUUGUCAGCGAGGUUUCCGCCCGACUCAGAAGCACUUGCAAAGCGGGUCGUGAGCCUAGUAAAAGAGGUUACUCAAUCGGCAUGACCCGUCAAUGACGAGACUUUAUCCAAGUGAUCGGUUGGUCUCAGCCUCGACCUAGAUCCCAUCCCCGAUGAUCCCCUGCCGCCAACCUCUCGGCUUUGAACUUCGCCCUUUGGGCGUCUCUCCUUUCCUUGAUGGAGUUUAUGUUGACCUUGCCGACCUGGACGAACUUCCACAAGUCACUUGCGCUGACAAGCCCUUGUCCGCCAAACAAGCCGAAGUCAACGGCAUGCUUUGAUGAGUGUCGUAGCGCAAAAACAACGCUGUUCCUGCCGCUUGGAGUUUCCACGACCCGAUGGAUACCGGGGUUUAGCAUUCCGUUGGACAACGCCUUGAGUGUCUGCCCGACCAGAAUCGUCGCCAUGCGCGGUCUGGCCCCGCUGUCAAUCCACACGGGGUUCUCAUCCGUGGAUUUGAGCCGAUCAAGGACUUCGAGACCGCCACGGUCACCUAUGCAGAUGGUCAAUAACCCCAGGUCGGUGUGCCUUUCAGCAAAUCCAGAAGCAGGCUGGUAUCGAAAGAGACGCAGGAGCGUAUAUGUCAUUUGUUCCUCCGACUCUGGCAUUGCCAGGGUGCCGUCGAGGAUGUCGUUCCAUAUGGAUAUGUCAAGAUCAGACCAGCGGGUAAUAUCACAUAGAAUGCGCCACAACAGAAGUGCACCUUCUUGCC